AUGAGUUCCCAAGUCACCGCCAAAGCUUUAAAAGACACCAAGCUCUUCGAGCCCAUCAAGGUCGGCCAGAAUGAGUUCUCCAACCGAGUCGUUUUCGCUCCAUCCACCAGAUUCAGAGCUUUAGAGGACCACACUCCUUCUGAUCUUCAAUUGGCCUACUACGACGCCAGAACCAAGUUCCCUGGAACCUUGAUCAUCACCGAAGGUACAGUUCCAACGACCAAAACAGGCACUUACCCUCAUGUUCCAGCAAUCACCACCAAGGCCCAUAUCAAGGCCUGGAAGCAGAUCAACGACAAGAUCCAUGAAAACAAGUCUUUCUCCAGUAUCCAGCUCUGGGGAUUAGGCCGUGUAGCGGACCCUGCCCAAGGCAAAAAGGAGGGCCAGAAGUUUAAAGGCGUUUCACCCAUUUACCAUGAUGAAGAAACCGAACAAGCUGCAAAAGACGCCGGCAACGAAUUGGAAGCGUAUACGACCCAGGAAGUGGACGAAUUGAUUGAAGAGUACGUCCAAACAGCCCACAGAGCCGUGGAGGCCGGCUUUGACUAUGUAGAGCUCCAUGGAGCUCAUGGGUACCUCAUCAACCAGUUCUUUGAAGCGUCGUCCAACCAAAGAACCGAUAAGUACGGUGGUUCCAUUGAAAACCGAGCCCGUUUCGCCUUAUCCCUUGUGGACCGUCUUUCUGAAGCCAUUGGCGCCCACAGACUAGCCAUCAGGAUCUCUCCCUGGGCCAAGUUCCUCAACAUGAAAAGUGAACAAGAUAAGGAAGCCCAUCCAGUGGCCACCUACUCGUAUUUUCUUGGCCAAUUGCAACAGAGAGCAAACCAGGGGAAGGAGCUAGCCUAUGUCUCCCUCGUGGAGCCCAGAGUUUCUGGAAUCUUAGACGUCAACGCAGAAGACGUCGUUGGCGAUAACCUGUUUGUCAAGCUUAUUUGGAAAGGCACUCUUUUACGAGCAGGCAACUAUACUUACGACGCUCCCAACUUCAAACAGCUUUUGGACGAUCUUUCAGAUGGUCGUACGUUGGUUGGGUUCUCCAGGUACUUCAUUUCGAACCCAGAUUUGGUUUACAGGCUCUAUGAGGGCAGAGAGUUGACUCCCUAUGAUAGAAAGACGUUCUACAGGAACGAUAACUGGGGGUAUAACACGUAUAAUGCUUUUGGAGGGAAGCAGAAGUUUGACGAGGAGGCCGAGAAGGCCCGGAAGCCUGGCGUGAUUACCGUUUAG